AUGCCAUUGAGCCCUCAUUUCUCUGUUUCAACUUCUCGUCCAAUGGCGCAGGAUCUCGAUCGUCCGUCCACCGGAGCUUCUGGCAGUGACACUCCUGAGUAUUCGGCUCAUAUGCGCUCAAGGUCGACCGCUCACGCCCAGAGCCCUAAACGACUCUCUGUUUUCAGUGGCCGUUCUCGGAGCAACACAACCACUUCUACCUCACCCUCUGUCUCUUCAUCGCGUCGCUCGCCCGCCUCCUCCAUGACCUCCACUGAGACCGCACCCAUGCCGCCUGCGCAUGAGGACCGAACUACCUCUGCAGCUGGUGUGCGCCACGACCGGCAUGAGAGUGUAACCAAGUCGCUGCUCCUACGUGGAAGCCGCAUUUUGCGCCGCCAAGGGAGCAAGAUCAACAUGGUUGCAACCUUGGACGAAGAAGAGGAAAUGGAGCGCGACAAGUCCCGCUUCGAAGUAUCCGAGUUUUUCGGCCGUCAUCACAAAGCACGAUCUAAUGAUGCACAUGAGCAGAUGAAGCGUAUGAUUUCGGACCCGUUCGACUUCCACCAUUUGACUCAUACGAGCCCGUCCCAAUUCAAUGCCUUGGACAAGACCCGCCAGACUGACUUGGUCACGGAGUUCUCCGCCAUCCGGGCCUCCCAAAAGCCUGUUGCCAACCUGAAGGGUAUCCGUGCAGAAGACAUCCACAUGCGAAGCCUCUCGGCGGAGGACCUCUCCCAUUGCCUCGCCGAAUCCGAUGAUGUGGACCCUUUGCCUGCUAGUCCACCACGGUCUCCUGGCGCAAGGUCUAUCAGUCCCCGGCAGCUAGAUUACCGACCGCUCAGAGAAUCACGAGUAUUUGAGAACUUUUCACGACCAGUCUCCAGAUAUCCUCGAGUGGACUCACCUACCUCACCACCAAGGGCUUCGUCACCGAGAUUAGCAUCUUCGCCGGAGAUCCCAGAACCUUCACCUCGAGUAAUAGAUGAGAUUCUAGGUCUGAACUCUCACCAGGCAUACCCGGAGCAUGUUUACUCCACGGAUGAAGACUCGACACAGAGCUCUUCCUUCGCAAACCUCAACUUGGACGACAUGCUCUCGUCCAGCUUGGGCCACGCCAUUAGUACCGGUCCCGAAAUCGAGACUAUCGACAAUAGGACAGUAUCCGCGCUUAAUAGUCCAACCUCCGAACUGGAGGAUGUACCCGAGGAAGACGAAGCGACACAUUGGCACGAUAGCCCCGAAUCUCAGCCACUUCAGUCCCCUAGAGCCCUGGGUAGUCAGGCGCCCCCCGAGCCUGUUGUGGCUCGGUCCAAGUGCCCAUCCAACGCUCCAAGAUCACAUCUGUCUAUCAACGUGGCAAAGGAACUCUCAAAAAAAUUCUCCGAGGCAUUGGGUUCACCAACUCUUCCCCAGUACCGUUCAGACGGAGAGUCAAUGCCGAAUGAUGAUCGAGGCAUGCAGACCACGCUCCGGCGGCAAUCCUCUGUCCACCGAAAAGCACUUCACACAACCAUCUAUGAGUCUUGGGAGGACGACAUUGACUACUGCUACGAACACGCAGCGGAGUCAACCUCCAACUUCGACUGGGCGCGCAACUCUCUUGAUGAGCCACGAAAGGAAGGAAGUGAAGUAACUGACAGUUACUCCGGCCUUGGUGUCGGAUCCACUCAGCCCGCGGUGAGCCCGUUACCUAAUCCAAGGUACCUGGGCACCUUGGCUGUGUCGAGCCCAGAUCUGCAGCCCAGUCCUUCUCGCUCCACGCCAAGCUCCUGUCUAGCCAUCACCCUCUCAACUGCAGGCUACGAAAGUGAGCUCGUUGCCCCGAAGGAUGGUGGCUUCUUCCACCCAGUCAGUUCUUCAGCCCUGUCGACUGCCCUAACCAAACACAUUUCUCCGGACUCGCUGUACGAGGACUAUCUGGCGACUGAUGGAGAGUCAGAUCGACAUUUCUCAUUUUGCUCGCAAAGUGGGUUCCACACCAUCGAUCACCCUCCCGUCUCUCCUCGAAGCAGCUUUUCCCCCAUCAGCAAGUGCAACUCACAAGAGAGCUUGAUCCUCUCACGCGCCGCUUCAAUAGUACGUAAGCAUCGGUCGUCCGUCUCCACCACGAGCGUCCCGGAGUUGGUACACAGCCUCGCGAGUAGUCGUGACUUUUCUACCACGGACUUGAUGCUUCCUGGAGAGACAGGGUUGGCUCGUCAAGACUCCACGUCUCGCUCUUCUUACUCGUCCCACCACCGGCAGACGAAAAGCCUAGCACGAGAAAUUGAAACUCAGAUCAUGUCGCGCCCGGACGGCAAUGCCAGCACUGAAUCCACCAAAUUGAUCUCUAUGGGUGCUUCUGUACAUGAUCGAGCCAAGUCCACCUCCGACAUGGAGGCCAUCUCACUGAUGAACAAGGCGGAUCGCCCUGAACUCCCCCCGAAGAGCGGACAUCGGAGAAAAGGCCGCACCUCCUACUCUCUCUUUCCAUCACCAACACUCCCCACAACAAACGCCUAA